GCCGUUCUCGUCUCGGGCUUCGGGGCCAGACUUAUGCGCGACCUUCACGAGGCGAGUGCUCCUACAAGCGUUCUGCGCUGCAGGAAGCUCAGACCCAGCAUCCGAGUCUGCACCCGCGCCACCGGGACCCAGCUGAAGGUCUUAGGGUCGCUGGUGUGAAAUCACAAGCGUUUGCCAUGAAUCUACUGAUCUCGCCCAGUGUCGGCUGUGGGGACUCUGAUGCUAUUGGCUGUCAUCUCACUGGGUCUCCUGUUGGCCCUCUUCCUGCUACUGCAUCGCCUGGGCUGGGGCUUUGUAGCUAUCUUCUGGUUUGAGAACGUGCAGCAGCCAGUCUACAACCUGCUCAUGGGUGACACAAAGGAGCAGCGCAUCCUGCGCCACGUGAAGCAGCACGCAAAGCCUGGAGACCCCCAGAGCGUCCUGGAGGCCAUCGAUGCCUACUGCUCACAGAAGGAGUGGGCCAUGAAUGUGGGUGCCACGAAAGGCCAAAUUAUGGAUGCAGUGAUUCGGGAGUACAGCCCCUCGCUGGUGCUGGAGCUAGGAGCUUAUUGUGGCUACUCGGCCGUGCGAAUGGCCCGCCUGCUGCCACCUGGAGCCAGGCUUCUCACCAUGGAGAUGAACCCUGACUAUGCUGCCAUCACCCAGCAAAUGCUGGACUUUGCAGGCAUGCAGGACAAGGUCACCAUCCUCCUUGGGGCAUCCCAGGACCUCAUCCCCCAGCUGAAGAAGAAGUACAAUGUGGACACGUUAGAUAUGGUCUUUCUUGACCACUGGAAAGACCGCUACCUACCAGACACACAUCUCCUGCAGGAAUGUGGCCUGUUGCGCAAGGGGACAGUGCUCCUGGCUGAUAAUGUCAUCGUCCCGGGCGCCCCUAACUUCCUGGCGUAUGUGAGGGGGAGCAGCAGCUUCGAGUGCACACACUACAGCUCACACCUGGAGUACUUGAACGUAGUAGACGGCAUGGAGAAGGCAAUCUACAAGGGUCCAAGCAGCCCUACGAAGUCUUAACCGCCCAGCUUCCCUUCCAAGCUUCCGUCUGCAAGAUGACUCACACUGACCCCUUCUAUGCUUCUGGAACCUGCCCUCCAGUGCUGUGGCUCCAGAUUGCUGCACACACACACAUUUUAAAGGUAGUGAGCUCACUGCAGAACCACCACAGUAAACCUGGAAGGCGCCUGUGGAUAAAAGGCUACAUUGAGGCUAGAGGCGCAGUUGCUCACAGAGGCUGCCCAGCGUGCAGAGGCCUCAAGGUUAAUCCUCAGCACCAAACAACAGAAAUUGAGAUUUCAAAACAAUCAGAGCAGGUGUCACCCUGAUGGUGUGACCAGCUGGAAGAGGAGUCUCGUAAGGUUUUGGUGCCAGAUCCCUAGGCACUGCCAUCACCUUUAGGCCAGCAAGAAGUCAGGAAAUUGAAAACACCCAGAUACCGUUUGGUUGUCACCAAAUGGCAGCACCUCAGAGACAGUACUGUCACCAGCAACUCAUACCACAUUUCAUCUUAAGAAAGAGUCAUGGGGCUUAGUGGUUAAGAGCAAUGGGUGGUUCCUCCAGAGGACCUGCGUUCAAUUCCUAGCAUCCACAUGGCAGCUCACAACUGUAACUUCAGUUUCGGGGGGUCUAACACCCACACGCCAACACACAUAAAAUUAAAUAGAUUAAAAAUAACAAUAAUAAUGAGUCAUUAACUUUCCAGCUGUAGUGGUGCAUGCCUUUAAUCCUAGCAUCCAGGAGGCAGAGGCAGCCAGAUCUGGGCUCAAGGCUAGCCUGGUCUACAUGCUGAGUUCUAAGACAGCCAGGGCUACACAGACUCUUGCCUUAAAAAGUGUUGUAACCUCUUUUAUAUUAUUAAAAAGAAAAAAAUUCAAGAUCUAAA